AUGUUCCCGUCUUGGACUGAAGUCACACCCGGCCUAUGGCGUAAAGAACUAGAAGGAGCUGAAAAGGUCUACCGCGAUAUGUCGAUGGCCUUUCAGGCAUCCGGAAGGGAGCAAUGGCGUCUCUAUUGUCAAUGCGAAGUUCGCUUAAAAGAGGGGUUUGCCGAUUUUGAUUUGCCAACAGCUCUUGAAACCUCUUGGAAACGGCUGAGAUUUGAGUUUCCCGCUCUCAGCGUUGUCCCGGAAGGCUCUGGCAAGGUUUAUAUGGCUCCGCAGAGCAUGCAAGACGUCGACGACUGGGCGUGCAAGACGUUCAUCGUAGAACACUAUCAGAGCCCGGAAAGCAUCAUUCGAGCCGCAGCUGGCCCAUAUGAUUUACCAAGACUGUACUAUUUCCCCAAGUCUUCCAAGGUACUGUUCUUGUCCUCUCACUGGCGCAUCGACGGCCUCGGGACUUGCAUGCUACUCGACCGGCUCUUCGAAAUCGUCGCCAUGUACCAGCCCUCGCAUAUUGACUCAUCAUUCGACUUGGAGAACGAGUGGAAGAAUCUGUCCCCUAGUCUGGAAGACGCCUGCGGGUCUCUUGAGCCCGCCAAAUGCUCUCCAGACAUGGAUCGUUAUGUUCGUGAUGCUAUGGAGACUCACCAUCGAGUUGCUGUGCAGGGUAUCGGCCUCCCUUACAAGGGAUCUGCGGAAACCGCACCAAUGGACUCCUACAGGCAGGCUCUCACCCUUUCUCAGGCAUCAACAAAAGCCCUUGUCGCCGCCUGCAAAGCUCGUGGCGUAAGCGUGACGGCUGCUCUUCAUGCGGCGCUUUCUGAGACAGCAUUUUCUCUAGCUCUUCCGGAAGAUGUAAUCAAGGAUUAUUCUACUGUUCUAUCCGCAAACCUCCGCGACUACUUGCCUCAACCCUACAACGGGAGAACACAUGCCUGUGCAACCUACGUUACUGGGCUUACUCCUGUGGUACGGAGGGAGAGCAAUUUCAUGGAGAGGGCUUCCGAACUGACGCACUACUACAAGAAUUGGUACAGCGACAUGUUGGUGAAGACGCUUCGGCUGAGGUAUUUGUACCAUGGGCAGAAAUUGUUUGCAAAGGCCCCAACUGUGGCCAACCAAGCCACGAAUACCAAGCUACCCAGUGGCAUAACGCUGAGCAGCUUGGGUGUCAUUGAUAAGCAUCUGCGAGGAAAGUACGCUGGCCCUGGCGGAGAGGUGGUGGUUCACAUAGCUGGGUUUCAGUUCGGAGUCAGCCUUGUAACUCGCCAAAUGAUCUUAUACCCAUGGACUUUCAAGGGACAGCUCUCGUUGUCGAUCAACUACAACGAAGCCUACUACGAGGAGGAGAGGGCCGUAGAUGUUUUGCGCAAGAUUGUCACUGUUCUCGAAGGAAACAUGGGCUUGAAGUUGGACAUUGUAAUUCUCCGCUAG